AAAAUACUCAUAUUAGAACAGAACCUAAUAUUGUACAAUUUUAGUGAGACUGAGCAAAAUAGUGAACUCAUGGAAUCAUGGUAAAAUUGAAAAUAGUCUUGUCACAACUCAAAAAAAAAGCUCGAAAAUCAAGACAACCACACCUAUGUCUUGCACAACUUUUGUCCACUUCUUCCUUACUUUUACAACUUUAACAGACUUCUCCAUUUCUCCUCCCUCUUCUUCCGCCUCCAAUCUCUCUCCUCAAACCCAGUUUUUCCCAAACCCUCAAAACCCCUUUCAAAUUUCCAACCGUUUACAUCUUCCUCAAUAACCCCAGAUUUUUUUUUUUGUUCUUAUUACCCAGAAAAACCUCUUAACUUAAGCAAACACCCAACAAAAAAAAACCAAACUUUUCUUCCAUUUAUCUUGUUUCUGGGUUUUUCUCACUCAUUUCAGACAAAAAAAAAAGCAACCUAAGAUGCUAAACUCAAAACCCACUUCAAAUUCACUGUUUAGCUCAAAAUCAACCAUUUUCACACUCACAAUCUUGUCAAUUUUAUCAUUAGUAAGCUCAAAAUCAACCAUUGAACCCUGUUCAAACUCAGACUCAUGCAAUGCUAUGCUUGGUUACACUUUAUACACUGACCUUAAGGUUUCUGAGGUAGCUGCGCUCUUUGGAAUCGACCCAAUUGCUCUAUUAACCGCAAAUUCAAUCGACAUUUCGUACCCGGAUGUCGAAAACCAUAUAUUACCAUCCCAGUUAUUCCUCAGAAUCCCCAUUAGUUGCUCUUGUGUUGAUGGUAUUAGGAAAUCAGUGUCUACCCAUUACAAAACCCGGCCUUCGGAUUCGCUUUCCUCGAUUGCAGACUCAAUUUAUGGGGGUUUAGUGUCUGCAGAUCAGCUUAGAGAAGCUAAUUCAAUUACUGAUACUGCUGUUCUUGAUGUUGGACAGAAUUUGGUUGUGCCUUUGCCUUGUACUUGUUUUAAUAAUACUGAUAACUCUUUGCCUGCUAUCUAUUUGUCAUAUGUUGUUCAGCCUGCUGAUACAUUGCCUGGUAUCGCGGCGAGGUAUAGGAAUACCAUUACUGAUUUGAUGAAUGUUAAUGCUAUGGGAAGUACUGCUAUUUUUCCUGGAGAUAUACUGUCAGUGCCACUGUCUGCAUGUGCAUCAAAUUUUCCCACAACUGCUUCUGAUUAUGGCCUAAUUGUUCCAAAUGGAAGUUAUGCAAUCUCCGCAAGUCACUGUGUACAGUGCAGUUGUGGCCCAGGGAGCCGCAAUUUGUAUUGCAUGCCAGCAUCAUUGGCAGUAUCUUGCUCAAGCAUGCAAUGCCGUGGUAGCAACCUUAUGCUUGGAAAUUCUACUAUUCAACAAACCAGUGCUGGUUGCAAUGUUACUUCUUGUAAUUACGAUGGUUUUUCAAAUGGCACAAUUCUGACUACGUUGUCCACAUCUCUUCAACCUCGUUGCCCAGGGCCUCAGCAGUUUCCUGCUGUCUUUCCACCUCCUACUACAGCUACUCGGGAUUCCAUAUACGCUCCGGCAUCAGCACCAGCACCAUCACCCUCGCAUUCUCGGGGAGCUAGGGUUCCUGGUUCCACAGGCGCAGCUUUACCACCUCUAGGUUCAUUUCCAGGCAGCGGACCUGCUGCAAGCACUGCUGGGAUUGCUACCUCAGGUUGCUCAUCGGUGAAUCCAUUUGCUGCCUUACAAUUCACAAUUGCUUUAUGUGUGUUCCUUGUGUGCCUGGGGGCUCGUCAGGGCUUCUGAUAUUCUACCACUUUGAACUUGUUUGUUGUAUCUAUGUGACCUAAUUGUAACAAUUACUAAUUUUUGGAUUCCUGAUGAGAAUUUUUUUGUAUCAGUAGAGCAUUUGGUUAUUUCAUCAUGUAAUUCUAUAUUUGUUCAAUGACUAAUGAGUUUCUACUAUCGGCAAUUAUCACCUUUCUUGAUAAUGUCUUGAAAUUUGAAUAAGAA